ACCGCUCCAUGGCAACGGCGCGUGAGUGAGUGACCUUCUGCCCAGGGCUUGUUUUACAGUCACUGAGAUGCGCUUACUGAUAUCUCAAAUAUCUGGCAACAGUUUUAAGACCAAGGUAGCUUAAACAAAGUGAAGGUGAUGAAGAGAGUACAACAGGACACUACAGCUUCUCAAGCAGACAGGGAAACUCAGAGCUCGUCUGGACAGCGAAUACUAUUCACAGGUCCAGACGGCAUUGGAGAUUUCCGUCCCAGGUUGGACUAUUUCCCGCGCAGCAUUGGAAUCGGCCCGUUAUCUCCAGAUGCCACGAGUGAUCUCAACUACCUCUUCCGGUCUGCACCAGACGCGACCCCGCCGUUACCGAAACACUGCUAUGUUGGAGAAGUGGGCUGGGGUCUGCAGUACUCCACUGCACUCAACAGGCCAACUGUCAACAACAAUCAAUAUGAGUUUGACAGAUUUCAAUCAGCCGUGCAGGACGAAGUGACUCGCAGCCCAUGGCAGAAUCAGUCCCAGUUUCAGGACAAACAACUGACCUGCGGGAAGCUUGCUUGGAACCACAGUGAAUAUGAUACCUACAGCGAGGACGACAACAAACAGUUCCCGCUUAACCAGUAAAAACAGUCAAUCCAUAUUGAGAAAGCACAACCAGAUGGCAUUACUUUUUCACGGAUAUGGAUCAGCUCUGAAAUAUGACAUGAGGCCUAUAAGCUGACUGAUUCUUGAAUGUUGGUUUGUGAUCAUUAAACAAUUUAUUAUCCAUAUAAUAUUUUGUCAACUCUUAUAAAACCACAUUAAAUGCAUCUUUUUUUGCUGUACUGUUCAUUUCUUGGUUCAUUUGCCUCCAUGUUAUCAGCUGGAAAAAGGAGGGUUUUAAUACAUUCAGUUAUUAUGUUUGUGGGUAGUACACAGAAUAUUUAGUCUCAAAUUAAUGCAAACAAAAGGUACAGAAAUAAAGCAGUUUACUUCAUUCACUUUGCUGUUUACCUCGUAUCUCUGUGGUUUAAAUUGUCAGCAGCUUGUAAAGUCUCAAUAACAUAGAGAUCAAAUCCUCUUAACAAGGGUCACUGUAGAUUCAGACAGUCGAUAGGAACUAGAAAGCAAUAAUCCUGCAGCUAAAAGAGGUUUAUAUGUGAUCCCGUCUCUAUCAGUGGUCAAUCCCAGUUAAUAAUAGUACACAACCCACUCCAGCCGUUUCCAGUAUCUUGA